AUGGCCGUUGAGACUUCUCCGGCCAUCUGCCGGGCGCAGCACGCCAAUCCCGACGCAGACCAUACUACUGCUGUCGCAAUUGAGAAGCCCUUGACAGGCGACUGGGCCGGGGUGCAACGGUUCUCAAUCAAGCUGCCGCAUCAUGAGGACCCAGUCGAGCGUACCGUCCUAGGCAUUGUCGAGCUCUUCAAACGCAUGAAGGGCCUCGAGAGCCUAUACCCCGAUCCCGUCAAUGGGGCCAUCUUUAACCAGCUUUUCGACCUGGUUACAACAUCCAAGACCACCAAGGCGCAAGAUGAAAAGGUUAUGACUGACGCACGUGUGACUGCCGUCAUCCCGGAGCUCCGUCGAAUUUGGGGCGAUGGCGAGUAUCUCCUUGAGCUCGAGUUCGCACGUAAAGUCAUCAGCGGAGACUCAAGGGCAGAAUCCCAGCAGCUGUUCGAGUCGUUUCCCUACUUGGAACAAUACUAUCAGUUGACGCGCAUGGAAGCCAACACACUCGACACAGCCGUCGGUGAGACCCAGCUCUCACGCCCUCGCAAGAUCGCCUUCCUCGGCUCGGGCCCAAUGCCCUUCACAGCGCUCUGCAUGCGGUCGAAGCUGGGCGACGACGUGGAGAUCGUCAAUAUUGACCGCAGCGAAGAAGCUAUCCGGCAUGGGACCAUGGUUGCCUGCCGCCUGGGCGACAACAUGCGCUUCGUCAAGGCCGACGUCGCCUCGGUGCCUGACGACCUCCGGGACUGUGAUGUGGUGCAUUUUGCGGCCCUUGUUGGCGACGAGGAGCAGAAGCUUGACCUGCUGAUCAGCGUCGCAAAGGCCAUGAAAAAGGGCGCCCUCAUCAUGCUGCGGAGCACCGACAGCUUGAGGCAGUGCCUUUACCCCAAGAUAGAUACGGACAACUGGGAUGUGCUAAGCGUCUUGACCCCUGUUGUUGCGACGAGGUACUUUGGGAAGUCGACAAGCUUGACUAGCAUUGUUCUGAGUGUCGACUGA